CAUGUUUAGGCUAUCGUCACCAACGACAACCGCCAGUUGCAGUCAAACACAAACAUGUCAACCGAAGAAGAUCCAGAACUACGAGAUUUGAUUGCAAAAACUCUAGAAAAUAAUGGAGUUCUUGGAAAGCUUCGAGCACAGCUACGGGCAAGCACAUUUUUGGCUUUAGACCAACAGGAAGACUCAAAGGUCACAUUCCCAAACAGUGAUUCAGCUGUACAGGAAUUUGUAUCAACUAAGCAUGGAGCUAUCACUAUGUCACUCAUCAGAGAUUUUCUCACAUUAUUCAACAUGCAAUUCACUCUAGCAGUGUUUGAUCCUGAAACAUGUGAAAGUGUUUCCUACAAAAGUAUGUCCCGAUCGGAUGUAGCCUGUGAUCUUGGGCUAGAAAAUGUUAGUCCUGAAGUUCCACUUUUGCUUGCAUUGGUAACCAAUUUCAUGAAAGAACGAGGUUCCAAGGCUGCUCUUGAAACAAAGUCAGGAAAACCAACCUCUGAAUUAGUAGACCAUGUAAAAGACAACCUUGUGAAUCUUAAAGUUAGUAGUGAUGAUUAUGAUGAAGAUUUCCAGUCAUCUUCAGAAUCAACCCCAAAAAAUGAAAUCAAAGAGGCCAGUGUGGAGGAAGAGUUAGAUGUGUCAGCCUCAGAUCUUCUGGUGAGUGAAAGUUCCAAUGCAGCGGACACAAUAGAUAAAUCGACAUCAAACACCUCACUCAGUGUUGCCGACCACGUAGAGAAACUUUGAUUUUUGCACAAUUACUGAGAUUUGUUCGGAAAAAGGCUGAUGUGUCUUAUAAAACUGUUGAGUAUGUUUGUUUAAAACGGUAACUGUAUUACGGGUGAUAAUGUACGAAAAAGAAUUGUAGAACGUCAACACAA